AAGCUCAGCGAAGCGCACCUCCGGGCGCGAUGGUUGGUGACGUCACGUUUGCGUGCAGGAACGCCAAGCAAAGCCCUGCCUUUGAAGUGGGCCGCUUUUGGCUGCAUCCUCGCCGCCUUCCGCGCUCAUUUGCAAGGCGCGCCAGGUGGUGCAGCUCGACGGAAGAAGGCACCAAGCGCACCGACGAACGAGCGAGCGUGCGUGCGAGCAAACGAACGAACGAACGAACGAACAGCGCGACAAAAAAGAAGAAAAGAGAGAGAGGAGACUUUCUUGCGUUCACCUUUCUUGUGGAUUCUGAUUUUUUUCUUCGCACGUGCAUGCUCGCAGUCGUGGACCUUUUGCGUGCGCUCUCUUUGGAUUUGGACCGCUGCUUUUUCUCCUUUUUUUUGUGCACUUUUUUCUCCUUUUGUUUGCCAUCCGAGCGAAACGCGCGGCAUGCCUGCAGCUAUCUCGCAUCUUCCCAGCAGCAGGUGAACUCCAGAUAGCAACUUUUUUUUCCGUCACCCACCCCCUUCCCCCCUUGCUUCUUCCUUCGGCUCCCGCCGGCCGCCGUGCACGCACUCGCGACAGGCUGCCAUGUCCAAGCCGGCCGACCACAUCAAGAGACCCAUGAACGCCUUCAUGGUCUGGUCCCGGGGCCAGCGGCGGAAGAUGGCUCAGGAGAACCCCAAGAUGCACAACUCGGAGAUCAGCAAGCGUCUGGGCGCCGAGUGGAAACUGCUGUCCGAGGCCGAGAAGCGGCCGUACAUCGAUGAGGCCAAGCGGCUGCGCGCGCAACACAUGAAGGAGCACCCGGACUACAAGUACCGGCCGCGGCGCAAGCCCAAGAACCUGCUCAAGAAGGACCGCUACGUGUUCCCGCUGCCUUACCUGGGCGACUCGGAGCAGCUGAAGGGCUUGCCGCUGCCGUCGGACGCACUGCUGAGCCACAGCGAGAAGUCGGCGGCUGCGGCGGCAGCGCGCGCCUUCCUGCCGCCCACCUCCGCCUCGCCCUACUCGUCCUUCCUUGCGGACGCGGCGGCGGCGGGCUUCGGCCAGAAGAUGGCCGACAUGCCGCACGCUGCCCUGGCCGCCGCCGCGGCCGCCGGCGUGCCCUACUCGUCGCUGGGCUACCAGGGCGCGGGCGCCUUCGGGGCGCUGGGCGGCUGCGGGCCCACGCAGCACCCGCACCCGCACACGCACACCCACCCGUCGCCCACGAAUCCGGGCUACGUGGUGCCGUGUAACUGCAGCGCCUGGUCGGCGUCCAGCUUGCAGCCGCCCGUGGCCUACAUCCUCUUUCCAGGUAUGAGCAAGACUGGGAUUGACCCCUACUCGUCCGCGCACGCCGCUGCCAUGUAAUCACGCGCAUGUUGAGAUUCAAACAAAACAAACAAAAGCAAAGCAAGACUGACUCUUUUUGAACAUGCAUGUACAGAAGACGACGCGCAGGAAAGCGGAAUGGACUUUUUUUCCCCUCCCCGCUCAAGUUUCCUGCAGCCGCGUUCGAGGAUUGUAAGAAAUGUAAAUGUUUAUACGGCAGCCUGCGAGAAGAAAAAGAAGAAAACAAAAAGGAGGCCUUUAACUUUAUUUAUUGUGUACAUUUCAAUGCUGGUUUGUGUAGAUUACUAUCAAUCAACUCUUAUGAUUAUUACCCUCCCCUCAAUUGGCACAUACGGGUUAUCGAUUAAAGGUAUACGGUUUAAUUUCAUAUAUUUGAUUCCCCUGUAUUUUCUAAUUUAAUUUGAAUGUGUAUUUUUUAUCGAAGAAAAAAAUAAUAAAAAGAUAAAAUGUCAUGUAUCUAUCGAAGGUUGACACCUCUUUGUUAACGCCGGCAAAGAGAAGAAGAGUCCAAUAAAAAAAAAGACAAUCUGUCUCAUUUCA